AUGGUCAAGAACACCCUGCAGCUGUGCCUCCUCUGGGAGCCUCUGUCUUCUUUGGUCGAUAGACUGGGUGCAUUUGCCUCGACGGCGCUGCUACUGGUCAUCUCAUGGAGCCUCUCGGUCAUAUUUUGGCCAACCGAGAGACCAAACGCCCCGGUGGCAGGCUAUCGGUCGAUGUUUGAGCCUUCCUUCUUGUUGAAGGCCAGAUUCAUCAGGAAUGCCAACAAGAUUAUCGGAGAUGCGUACAAGACAAUGAGGGACAGGCCGUUUGUGGUCCGUCGGUAUGAUCUCGACUUCGUGGUCCUACCGGUGAAGUACCUCGAGGAGAUCCGCUUGAUCUCGUACAAGAAGCUCAGCAGUCGCGGAGCUCAGGUUGGGAACUUGGUCCCUGACUGGAACGGCUUGGACGGCGUUGUAAACUCAAACCUCCAUGUCGAAGCUGUGAGGAGGCAUCUGAAUCCCGACCUGUACAAGUACGUCGACUACGGGUAUAACGAGCUGGCACAUGGAUGGGCUGAUGAGGUGCCUCGUACUGAUGACUGGAGCUUGACCAACAUCGAGGAAGUGAUGCGCAGGCUGAUGGCGCGCAUUACUGCCAAGAUCUUUAUGGGCGACACAGCCAGCCGAGACCCAAGCUGGAUCAACAUCUCUGUCGGCUUCUCGGUGGACCUGUUCGAGUCGUCCUUCGGCAUCAAGAUGUUCCCUCCCUGGACAUACCCUUUCAUUGUUUGGCUCAUCCCGGCAAGGUAUAGAGUGCGCCGCCAACUGGCAGCUACGCGGCAGAUGGUAGAUAAGCUCCUUCAGCGGCUCAACGAUGCCCAAGCGCGACGAAGGCAGGGCGAGACGAUAGACGAGGAAGACACGCUCCUGAACUGGAUGGUUGAGAACGGCAAGCCCUGGGAGAACACGGUGCCUCAGAUGGCCGCGCGCCUGUGCGUCUUGGCCAUGGCGAGCAUCCACACGACGGCCGCGACGCUGGCCAAUGUGGUGUACGAGCUGUGCGCGCAUCCGGAAUGGAUCCCCGUCCUGCAGGAAGAGAUCGACACCAUUGCCCAAGACCUCGGCAAGCCCGACGACAACCUCGCCUCGGAGGGCAGCACGUCCAAGCAGUGGUGCGAGCGGCUCGAGAAGCUCGACAGCUUCAUCAUGGAGAGCCAGCGCCACAACCCGGUCAUGAUCCUCAACCCGCAGCGGCUGGCCACCGAGCCCAUCAUGCUGUCGGGCGGCGUGUACAUACCCGCGGGCACGCGCCUGGCCUUUGCCAACCACGAGCACCACAUGGACCCGCGCACCCACCCGGACCCGGCCGUCUUCGACCCCCUGCGCAGCUACCGCAAGCGCCAUGCCGCCGCGGACCAGCGCCACCUUCACCUGGCCGACCAGACGCACCCCAGCGCGCUCAGCUUUGGCUACGGCAACCAGGCCUGUGCUGGGCGCCACUUUGCCGUGGCUGUGAUGAAGCUUAUCAUGGCGAGGAUGUUGUACGAGUUCGACUUCCGCUUCCCUGAGGGGCAGGGUAUGCCUGAGAAUAGAUAUGUGGAUGAGAAUGUGUAUAAGGAUCUGGGCGCGAGGGUAGAGAUGAAGAGGAGGGCAAGGGGGUAA